AUGUCUGACACUGGCGAGGGAAACCCUACCCUGGGGGGGCAGGAGAACCCCAUGGACGACGUGAGAGCCAGGGUCUGGGAGGCGGGAGCUGAAGACGUGGUGAUUCAUGACUCUGGGCCCUAUGGGAAUGAGGAGGGCGAGGGCGAAGUCGAGGCUGAAGUUGAGGUCCUGGGCGAAGCUGAAGGUGGGGCCCAGGGUGAGGCCGAGGCCGGGACCCGGACUGGGACCCAGCCAGGGGAGGCCGGAGUCACAGGGGCUGUGGGUGGUCUUGAUGUGGAAGCCACGGCAGCCGGAGUCCCAGAGGGAGGCGUCAGCGGGGAGGAUUACAACAUGGCUCCGGCACACGAUGGGGAGCAGUACCUAGAACGUCGAGCGCCCCGCCUCGUGUUCCUGGACCUGGUGCGCACAAUGCUGCACCGCCUGUACUACAACGACCACAUCAUCGUGCCUCCGCGCCGCCGCUUAAGGGUAGUUCAGCCCAGGUCUCAGAUGCCCAUUCACGUGAGCGGGAUCCGCAUGCUCUCAGUGCCCGGGGGCUCGGGAGAGGGGGCAGCAGCCAUUGUACCUGAGGGCUCCGGAGAGGGGGCCACAGCGGUGGUGUCCCGGGGCUCCGGAGAGGGGGCCGCCGCCAUGGUGCCCAAGGGCUCCGGAGAGGGGGCCGCAGCGAUGGUGCCCAAGGGCUCCGGAGAGGGGGCUGCAGCCAUGGCGCCCGAGGACCAGCCCGAGGCCGACGUCCAGGAGCCCGCGCAGAAGGCUGAAGGCCCAGAGGAGACAACUAAAUAUCAGUAUGAAAACACUGAGGAAGAGUCCCAAGAUGCUGAGGCUAAAGAAAAAAAAGAGUUUAAUGAGAACAAGGAUCCGAAAAGGAUGUGA